GCUGAUGUUGUGUUCUCUGUGCUGUAGGUUCGUACCUGUGGGACCGCAGCAGUUAUCACAGCACAUGUCGGAAGGAGAGAAGACGAGUGGUGCAGCGGAUGCCGGAUUCGCUCUCCUCACCAAGAAGAACGAACAUGAUACAAAGCUGAUGCCGCCACCGCCGCCACUUGGCAUGCGUCCUAAGAAUAUGCCUCCCGCGCAUUCCCUCGUCGCCAACGACUACGGCGACGAUUCGGAGCCCGAGGAAGAGUCACAGGUCGAAGAGAUGGCGCCACUGGUGAACUUUUCGGCGGCGGCGGCGGUGGCGGCCCCUGGUGGGAUAGAGGCGAAGAUAACGGACUGGGACAAGCUGGCAUGCCUUCUGUGUCGGCGGCAGUUCUCUAGCAAGGAGAUGCUGCUGCGUCAUCAGCAGAUGUCGGACCUUCACAAGCAGAAUCAUAGAGAUGCAGCAUAGGCGGCUCGUGACACUGCGC